CUAUUUUGACCACUAACAAAUCAGUCGGUGAUACUGAGCACAUACUUUUUUUUUCACUAGACUGGAAAGGAAUACAUCUGUUGAUCAAAGGUAUUCAUGAAGGUUAAUAUAUGAUAUAGGUAAUAUGGUGGACGAGUCUUCAUCAUUUGGAUUUUCAAUAUUAGAAAAGCCAGUUUCACCUAUAAAUGAAGAUGGUAUUCGUCUGAAUUCAACUCCGAAAAAUUUCAUAAACAAUAAAGAUUCAAUACUUGAUUCAACAUUCAUACUGGGUGGUAAUAAUGAUCAACAAGUAUCUAAUCAAAAUUAUUCAACACCACCUCCAGCGAAUUCAAAACAAAAUGGUCCACUUCAGUCAAUUUUAAAAAAUAGUUCAGAUAGUAGUGGUAUUCAUGAACACUCUAAUAUUUCAUUCUCAGAAUCAUUUGUACAUAAACAUCCUGAAAUAAAGUUAGCUAAAGAUAGAAGUGGAUUCAAUACAGUUAAAAGUGCUCGUGUUUUAUUUUCUCCUACAAAGGAAAUACUCUCUUAUCGAACUGAAUAUUUAAGUGAUGAGGAUGAAGAAGAGAAUCAAAGUUAUUUAAGGAAAAUUCAAAAGAGACGAGUUUAUGAAGAGGUUUCAUUAGAAGAAUUAGAAGAUGAAGAUCUCACUUUAAAUUUAACUAAGGAAGCGAUAAUGAAACCCAUAGCAAAAGAAGAAAAUCAGAUUUCAAGAUAUUUAUCUGAUCCACAUAUACCUUAUGUUUUAUCAAUGUAUUUACAAUUGUUUAUUAAUUUAAUUUUAGUAUCAAUUGUGAUAUAUAUUGUAUAUAUAUUUAUAACUACCAUUAAGAGUGAUGUAAAUCAAAGAUUAGAAGAAUAUGUUUCAGAUGCUUUACAUGAUAUAUCAUUAUGUUCUAGAGAAUAUUACAGAAAUAAAUGUUCAACAGAAGAUGGAAAUAGAAGAGUUCCUGCAUUAGAAGUAUCAUGUACAAAAUGGAGUAAAUGUAUGAAUAGAGACCCUCAAUUAAUUGGAAGAUCCAAAUUGACAGCUGAAACAUUUGCUGAUAUAAUCAAUGGAUUUGUUGGAACAAUAAGUUGGAAGUCAAUAGUUGUUUUAAGCACAAUAUUAUUUGGUAGUUUAUUUAUUACCAAUAUUGCUUUUAAUAAUUAUAGAAUGUCAUCACAUAUAAAAGCUGAUCAAAAUAAUGACAGCAUAGAAAAUAUAAGAGAAUUAGAAGCUCAAAUUCGAGAGAAAGAAUUACAAAUUAUUCAACUUAAAAGUAAAGGGAAUGGUGCAGACUAUUUUAGUCAAGGGUAUAGUAAUUCCUCUAAAACUUCAACGGGUCUACGAUCACCCUCAAGAGUAAAUAGAGUUUAAUAUAAACACUUUGUUUUAAAAUUUAGUUGUUGUGUGUAGCUAUAAAUCAUUAUAAAAUAUUAUUUUUAUUAUUUUGCUGUACCAUUGACAAGUCCUAAUUAGGAAAUUUUUUCGAUACAUGAUGAUU